AGCAUAUAUUGGUUAGAAGUUUUGAUUACGCUUAGCAGGUCUUGAAGGAGGCAAUGGCUCGCCUGAGCUCCGAUCAGGUCUUGAAGGACAACAAUGCCGCCGACCCAACUUCCGUUACCACUCUUUACCUCACUCACAAAGCUCUUUCCGAUAUAACGUUCUUGGCCAAUUUCAUAAACUUGGAAAAGCUUGACCUCAAGCUCAACAAUCUCACUUCACUUGAGGGGUUGAGAUCAUGUGUUAAUUUAAAGUGGCUAUCCGUUGUAGAAAACAAAUUAGAAAGCUUGGAAGGAAUUCAAGGACUUACUAAGCUCACUGUGCUAAAUGCAGGUAAAAAUAAGCUUAAAUCUAUUGAUCAGGUCAUGUCAGUUGUUAGCCUCCGAGCACUGAUUUUGAAUGAAAAUGAGAUUUCCUCUAUUUGCAAACUUGAUCAGCUGAAAGACUUGAACACUCUUGUUCUAUCCAAAAAUCCUAUACGCAAAAUUGGUGAGGCUCUGAUGAAGGUGAAAUCUAUCACAAAGCUUUCGCUCUCAUAUUGCGAGCUUCAGGGUAUUGACACUUCACUCAAGUCUUGUGUUGAGUUGAGCGAGCUCCGCCUUGCUCACAAUGAGAUUAAGUGUCUCCCAGAGGAAUUAAAGCUCAAUUCAAAGCUCCGGAGUUUAGAUUUGGGGAAUAAUGUGAUAACGAGGUGGUCAGAACUAAAGGUCCUCAAAUUGCUCACGAAUCUUAGAAAUCUUAAUCUACAAGGAAAUCCUGUUGCCACAGUUGAUAAAGUUACGAGAAAGGUUAAGAAAGCGCUGCCCAAACUACAGAUAUUCAAUGCUAGACCAGUAGAUAAAGAUACCGAGAAUAAGAAAGGUAGCAUAGUUGAUGGAACUCAUGAUUUUUCAGUGGAUCAGGCAGAUCAUCCAUCAGAUCAAAAUGAGGACAAUCAUCUUGAAGCUGCUGCUGAUCUUGACUCAGGGAGAAAAUCAACUAAGAAAAGGAAGAGAACUGCUGAUGCAUCCAAUAAGGAAGACAGGGUUGCUGAUGAGGAAAAGAAAGGUCAUAAAAAGGACAGGACAGAUAGAAAAAAUGACGGUCCUGAGAUGGAUAAUAAAUCAACUAAGAAAAAGGCAAAAAAGGAUGACAAGCCCUUGGACAAGGGAUUUGCUCUUGAGGAGAAUGUUUCUAAGGUUGAGAAGAAACUGAAGAAGAAACAUAAGAAUGAGGAACAAAGUGAGCUUGAUGUUAUCGAUGAUGCAGAAGCUUCAUUUGCGGAGCUUUUUAAAAUCAAUGAUGCAGAAAAUCUGAAUCUUGUUGAUGAAAUGAGAGCACGAGACAAAGUGCCUAAGGAUGUGAAAUUGGCAGGUGACACAGUGACCUCAUUUGCGAAACGUAAGAAUGCUAAAAUGCAGAAUAUUGAAUCUCUAUCAGCUCCAGAAGCAGAAGUUGGAAUGGGAGGGCCAUCAACAUGGGGUGAUGAGUGAUGAUAUCUGGACAUAUGCUACAGAUGCAUCAAACCUUGUCUGCAAGGAGUUGAGGACCAAUUUUGAGUUUGACUCUGCUGUUGAAUUUCGCAUUGCAUUUGUCAGAUGUUUGAGUCGAGCUCCUCAGCUAUUUUCUGCUUCUGAAUUCCAUGGUAUUUUUGCUAUGCUUUAAGCUGGUGGUUAUGUUGUUAAUCGGUGAAUUGUAUGUCAGAUUCAGGAACUUCCGUUCAAACUUUUUUUUUACCCUUUUUUAGUGAGUUUAUUGCAAUCAGUUCCAAUAACUUUCUUCAUCAUUUCCAUUAUGUUUUAUGCCCCUUACCCCUUUUUUACUUGACUAAUGUGAAAUGCAGUUAACAAUUGUUAUUUUACCUUUCAAAGGGAACUAGCAAAAGGAUUUAUCGUUUUUCACUAUAUAGUUAGGUUCAAAAAGAUUUGAUGAAA